AUGAUGCAUGUGGGCAUUCAUAACUCGCAAAAACUAGAAAUACAUAAAGCAAUAACGAGUAUACUAACAUUUGGUUUUAUCAUUACAGUUUUACUGGAUGUUUUUUAUUACUCUCCAUCGAUAACGUUCUUCACUGAAUUACCAAUUACCAUCGAUGGAAUGCUUCAACAUUUAUUGUUCGUUUCUUCUCUUAUGAUAUUUAUAACGGUCUUAACCGUUAAAAGUCAGCACGGUUCACAUGUAGCUUACUUCGCAUUUCAGAAGUUUGUUGAAUUGAUCCCACUCCUAAUUGAUCUCGUCGCUCUAUUAUCUACACAUCAAUACAACACGAAUAGUCCAUCGAAACUUGUUCAUCUUUCUCUCAUUCUUACCCUUAUUCGCUUGAUCUUUAGUUUCCAUAUCGUGCAUAAGAAAUGCACAUAUCAACAAACAAAACAAUUAGUCAUAAUUAUUGAUAUAUCACUAUUCAUUUUGGUUAAUACGGCGCUUCUGCGAAUUACACCAUCAAAUAUUAUUCGUUUCGGGCAAAAAAUAUCCCUAUGCUUCGUAAUUAUUCAACUGCAUAAUUUAUUUUCGUAUCCAGGUUUCUGGAGUAUAUUCAACAAAACUAAUGCGACACGUGGUCCAUUCAUAUCUCAUCGCUCGAAGGUGGUCCAAACAUUUCAUGGGAUAUUGUACUUUCGACUAAUUUUAUCAUUAUUCAUUCUUUUUUUGUGUGUCACCGUUGCAUUCUAUUCAGUCGCUAUUGCUGCAAAUCGAACUUCGGCCGUGAGCUUCAUAUAUAGUGUCGCUGUUUGUCUAAUAACGUAUUUUGUUGUUUGGUGGGAUAUAAACGAAAACAUUUCAACUCUAAGGCAAUGUGGAAUUUUCUACUUCCAAAUUGACUUUGCGACUGCAACGUGCGCGGCGUCGCCGAAAUCUAAGAGUGCAGCUGGUUCUCAGGUAAAAACAUCCAACCCAACUUCAUCGACAAAUCCGAUGUCUCUAAUUAUUGGUAGAGGAUUGAUUGAAGUUGAAAAAGGAGAUAUUAAACAACAAUCAGUCGAUGUCAUUGUUGGAACUUUGUCAUCGGACAAACUUCGACAAGCAUUGUUACAAGCAGCUGGAGAUCAGGCUAACGAUGUUUACAAUAAAGAACGUUUAAAAAAUCCAACUUCAUUAAUUAUCUCGACUCCUGCCGGUCGUCUACCAUGUAAACGAAUAUUUUUUCUUAAAUGGCAACCAAAUAGUGAUGACAAACUUCUUCGACAAUCUAUCGUUGAUCUCAUGUAUAACGUUGUGCAAAAUGUUCAUGCGAAUACUUUCACUUCAAUUGCUUUUCCAGCUAUUGGUUGCGGUGGACAUGCUUGUUCGCUAAAAGUUGUUGUUAAAACGAUGAUCAGAGAAAUGAAACAACAUAUUCAACAAAGAGACCUAGCAUGGAAAGUUAAAUUCAUUAUUGAACCUGACCAACAAAAUACUUAUGAUGAAUUUUGUAAACAGUUAUUCUCAUCUGAUUCUUCAGACAAUGGGCAUCAAAGUACUGAAAAAUAUCAGUCGAUUAUUAAUGAGUUUGAUAAAAAGAUGAAAGGAAAAUACACUGAAAUUGUUAAACUUGAAUGCAUUAACAAUGAACGGUGGCGUACACAGUAUGAUGCACAUUGGAAAGAUUUCAAAAGCCGACUCAAUGAAGAUACGGAAAAGAUCCUGUAUCAUGGGUGUCCAGAAGCAGCAGCCAAAUCAAUUAUGCAAGAUUGUUUCAAUCGAAGUUACGCUGGCAUCAAUGGAACAUUAUUUGGUUGGGGUGUUUAUUUUUCAUCGGAUGCGGCUUACAGUCAUGGUUAUGCAACUCGCAAUACCCGAGGAGAACGAUGCAUGUUUGUUGCUCGCGUUCUUGUUGGAAAAACGACUCAAGGAAAUAAGUCGAUGAAAACUCGACCUAUUGGAUUUGACUCAACUACUGAUGGAAAGUAUAUCUAUGUUAUAUAUUGGGCGGAAUGCGCGAAUGAAAUAAUUAUUUCAGGUUGCCAGUGGUCUGUUAGUGAUGGAGAAGCGCGAUCAAGAGGACGAGAGAAAGUUACAUGCAACAGGCCUACAUCAGCAUGA